CUUCCGGGAGCCGGCCUGUUGCCACGACGACGAAGCUCCCGGCAUGCCUCGCAGCGGCGGGCUAUGGCGUUGGGGGUGCGGCUACUCCUGUUGCUCGUGCUCUGGACGCUGGCGGUUCCGGCCCGGAGUCUCCGGGAGGCAGGCGACGGAGGGUGGCGGCGGCCCGGGCUGGGGACACCGGCGGCCGUGGCAGAGGAGGAACGCUGCACCGUAGAGCGCCGGGCCGACCUCAGCUACGCCGAGUUCGUGCAGCGUUAUGCCUUUUCCAGACCUGUCAUUCUGCAGGGGCUCACUGACAACUCGAGGUUCCGGGACCUGUGCUCCCGUCAAAGGCUUCUGGCCUUGUUUGGGGACAGCGUGGUCCGGUUGAGUACUGCCAACACCUACUCCUACCAGAAAGUGGACCUGCCCUUUCAGGAGUAUGUGGAGCAGAUGCUGCACCCCCAGGACCCCUUCUCCAUGGGCAAUGACACCCUGUACUUCUUUGGGGACAAUAACUUCACGGAAUGGGCAUCACUCUUUAGGCACUAUUCUCCACCUCCAUUCAGCCUGCUAGGUACCAUUCCUGCUUAUAGCUUUGGAAUUGCAGGUGCCGGCUCUGGGGUGCCCUUCCACUGGCACGGGCCCGGGUUCUCAGAGGUGAUCUAUGGCCGAAAGCGCUGGUUCCUGUACCCUCCUGCGAAGACACCUGAAUUCCACCCCAACAAGACCACACUGGCCUGGCUCCGGGACACAUACCCGGCCCUGGCACUAUCUGCACGGCCCCUGGAAUGCACCAUCCAUGCUGGUGAGGUGCUGUAUUUCCCUGACCGAUGGUGGCACGCCACACUCAACCUCGACACCAGCGUCUUCAUCUCUACCUUUCUCAGCUAGCCAAAGGGGAUGGCUGGGGAGCCCGUCGCACACCAGCACAUGCC